UCCUUUUUACUUCUUCCAAGGUAUUAGAAUCAUUAAUCACUUCCAUUAAUCAUAAAAACCUCUCUUCAUCACAUUCAGUGUAUCCUUUCUUCCACUUCCCAAUGUUAGUUUUCAACUUCAUUUACACGUAGACUUUUUACCAAACAAACAUGCCUCUCUUUAUAUCUGCAAUUUCAUAUCCCCUCCUGGUUUUUUUCACCAUUAUCCUUUUGUCUGUUCAAGUUCCACCAUUGUUAAGUUCAAGCAAUGAACACUAUGUGGGCUGCAGCAAACAGUUCCAUUGUGGGAAGAUAAAAAAUGUUAGCUACCCUUUUUGGGGAGGUGACAGGCCUGAAUAUUGUGGUCAACCAGGGUUGAAGUUAACUUGCCUGGAAGAUGAAGAAACCCAGAUUACAAUCAUGUCAGUAAGUUACAAAGUCAUUGAGAUCAACAUCAAUUUACAAGCUUUCACUGUUGCAAGAAUUGAUUAUCUUCAAUCCCUUUGUCCCCAAACCCUGCUCAAUACCACCUUGAACUUCAACCUUUUGAGUUAUGCUUGGAACCUUGAGAACAUAACAUUGUAUUACCAUUGCCCUUUGAUUUCCAACAUAUCUUCAGGGUUUCCAAGUCUGUUUAACUGCAGCACCAGCAAUGGGACAGAUAUGGUGAAUUACUAUGUUAUAGCAUCUGUUCUGGGCAACCUUUCAACUGAAGUGAAAGAUGGGUUGGGAUCUUGUGAUAGCCAUGUGAUUGUUCCAGCUUUUUAUACUGCAGUUGAGACAAUCAAGAGAAACCCAACUCCAGAUACUUUGGUUUUGCCUCUUGGUAAUGGAUUUGGAUUGAAAUGGGAUGCAAAUAUAGCUUCCAAAUGUGAAGACUGCAAUGGUUCUGGUGGUAGGUGUGGGUAUAAUAACAGUUUGAAUCAAUUCACUUGUUAUUGCCCAAAUCAUACUGAUGCAUCAACUUGUCUUCAACCAGGGUCGUCUGUUGGUACCAGUUUGAAGAUUAAGCUGAUCAUAGGGUUUACAGUGGUAGGUGCUACUAUCAUGGUAGUUUGCUUUAUGGUGUUUGCCUUGAGACUUAAGAAAGGAUCGUUGUCAAGUGGAAUGCUGAUGAGUUUGCAGCGAAAUAAAAGGAAGAACAGUGAAAGGAUUGAGGCAUUCAUCAUGAGAUAUGGUUCAGAUCUUGCUCCGAAGCGGUAUUCUUAUUCGGACAUCAAGAAAAUCACCAAGUCGUUCAAAGACAAGCUUGGCGAAGGCGGAUUCGGCAGUGUCUACAAAGGUAAGCUCCCAGGUGGACGUCUUGUUGCAGUUAAAGUCUUGAGUGAAUCUAGGGAAGAUGGAGAGGAAUUCAUUAACGAAGUGGCGAGUAUUAGUCGAACUUCUCAUGUUAACGUAGUGACGUUUCUUGGAUUUUGUUAUGAGAGUUCGAUAAGAGCUUUGUUAUAUGAGUUCAUGCCGAAUGGAUCGCUGGAUAAGUACAUCUACCACCACAGAUCACCAGAUAAAAGCUGUAUACUGAACCGGGAAACAAUGUUUGAAAUUGCUGUCGGCGUUGCACGAGGGUUGGAAUAUCUACAUCGAGGAUGUAACACGAGAAUUUUGCACUUAGACAUAAAACCUCAUAACAUCCUUUUAGACGAAAACUUUGUUCCCAGGAUUUCGGAUUUUGGUCUUGCUAAGUUAUGUGAGCGGAAGGGAAGCAUUCUUUCGUCGAUAACCGCACGAGGAACGAUAGGAUACAUUGCUCCAGAACUAUUUUGUCGAAACUUCGGAGGCGUUUCUUACAAAUCCGAUGUUUAUAGCUAUGGGAUGAUGGUUCUUGAAAUGGUUGGAGCGAAGGAAAACACUCAUGUCGGAGGGUCUUUAACAAGUGAAAUGAACUUCCCUUCAUGGAUUUACGAACAUCUCAAACAAGAAGCAUUCAAUCUUGAAGGAAUCACGGUGGAAGAUGAAGAAAUAACUAGGAAGAUGAUUAUAGUGAGCUUAUGGUGCAUUCAAACUAAUCCAUCAGACCGACCAUCAAUGACUAAAGUACUAGAAAUGUUACAAGGAAACCUUCAAUCACUAGCAACUCCACCAAGACCUUUCUUGUUUUCUCCUCAACGAUCGCCCCCAAACUCCUUGUCGGCAAUAUCAUUUUUUGCAUCUUCCAUUACCAUGAAUAUCGAAUAAUAAGGCUGCGGUAAAAUUUUUGACUUCACCAAAGAAUUAAGAUUUUAGAAAGUAUUUUCUUUUUUACUUUUUAAAACAUUUAACCUGUUUUACCUAAUAGAAAAGUUUUAAUGUAUAUUUCAUUAGAGUUGUUUAUCAAGGAGAUCAGGUUCGGAAUGAACCAUUGUAUGGUAAAACAAUCAAUAUUUGUUCCAAGUUUAGCUUAGUUCGAUAUAUGAGCUUCAAUUUU